AUGGUGAACCCUAUUCUCCUGGCACAUGUCUAUCUAUCUCUAUGUAACACUGUACAUCUGCCCUGGCUUGCUGACUUUAGCGCGAAGAAAAACUUUAAAGAAGGCUCGCUCCGCCAUGAGCUCCACAAGAAGGCCGUGGCCACGCUCAACUCGGGCAUUGACCUUCGUCAAGCCGUCAAGCUUCCUGAGGGAGAAGACAUGAAUGAAUGGCUGGCCGUUUCCGCCGUCGAAUUUUUCAACCGUGUCAACUUGGUCUACGGCGCUGUGUGUGAUUUUUGCACAGAGGAAAGCUGCCCCAUGAUGCGAGCUGGCCCCGCGUAUGAGUAUCAAUGGAAGGACGAUACCUCGGCCGAGUACAAACGCCCCACCUACGUCAGCGCCCCCAAGUACAUUUCGUUGCUCAUGGACUGGAUUGAGCAAAUCAUCAGUGAUGAAAGCAAAUUCCCGUCCAACCCAGAGGUGCCCUUUCCCAAGGAUUUCCAAAAAAUCAUCCAACAGAUGUUUCGCCGAUUGUUUCGUGUCUUCGCGCAUGUCUACUACGAGCACUUUAACCAGCUGUCGGAGAUUGGCGCGGAGGCACAUAUCAACACGUGCUACAAGCACUUUUACUACUUUGCCACGGAAUUCAACCUGAUUCCAACCAAGGAGUUGGAGCCUCUCAAAGACCUGUCUGCAGCUCUUUGCAAGAAGUGA